AUGGCUUCGAUCGUGUUGCUUCUGUCGGAGCUGCUCGGUGGCGCGGGGAGCACCAGCAUGCUGGCGGCCAACUGCUACGUGAGCGGCCACAGCCUGCGGGAGUUCCGGCCCGCCCCGGUCGCCGCGGCAGCCGCCGCCAAGGGCCAACGCGCGCCGCCUGCGACGGGAGCGAAGCAGGGGGCCGCCGCCGGGGAGGCCAAGGAGGAGGAAUCUUCGUUCGAGGAUCUCGCUGCCAUUUCCAGGAUCGCGGUGGACGUGAUGUGGCCCUGA